CAUAGAGACAUCAAACCGAGCAACAUGUUGCUGGACUCCAACAUGCACGUGAAGCUGGCCGACUUUGGGCUCAGCCUCCGGCUGCUCGAGGGUGCGCGGAUAAGGGGCUUUCACGGGACCCCCGAGUACUGUGCCCCGGAAACCUUUUCCGGGGAGGAAUAUGACGCCUUUCGGGCGGACAUGUGGAGUCUGGGGGUGACGCUCUUUGAAAUGGUGACGGCCACACUGCCCUUCACUGGGGACACUGCAGAGGAACUUGAGAACUGCAUCGUGGCUGGCAGCUACGUGCUGCCACGGCCCUGCAGCCCGGCCCUGACCGAGCUCCUGGGCUUCCUGCUCAGCGUGGAGGCCUGCGCCAGGUUCACCGCCCAGAUCGCCAGGACGCACUGGUGGUUCGGCCCCCGCGCCCAGGAGUCCCAGGACAGCCCCGUGCCCAGGGAGGACUCUGCCACCCUGGUGGAGCUCCUCAGUGUGCCCCAGGACCUCAAGGACAGGCAGUACCUCGCGCAGCUCGGCCUGCUGCCUGGCAGCACGGCACAGGGGACGCCAGAGCCUGCGCCCCACGAGUCUGGCUUCCAGCCGCCUUGCUUGUUGCCAAGCGCUGGGAGCCAUGGCGCUCAGGACUCCUUACAUCUGAGCUCCAUCCACAGCGACUCGGUGUGCUUCUCGCCCAGCUGCUCCACAGCCAGCCUCUCCAGCCAGCCCUCAGGCCAGCUGCAGCAAGAGCAGAGCUCCCUUUCCAGCGCAUCCCACGAGCCGGUGCCUGAGGCCUCGUGCCCCGUGGCCAGCACCAGCAGCCCAACGGACCUCGCACAACCGGAAGUGGAGGCGCCACGAGAGCCUGAGAGCACUGGGUCGCCCAUUCCCGCCAAGGAGGGGAAGCGGGGCUUCCGUGGGGUCUGCAGGAGCUUCCUAAGGUUCCUGCAGCGCGCCUGCUGCAUCCGGCAGGACCCAGACAGAGGCCCCGGCCUGCGCUCCAGAAAAGUAGCCCCGGAAGACUCUGCCCAGUCCAAAUUAAGAUGACUCUGAAGUC